UUUAUUAGGAGUCUGAUUGCUGUUACAUGUGAAAUCAGGGUGUUUCCCUUUCUUUGCUGAUUUCGGACUCUCCUUACCAUGUAUUGGGCUUUCAUUCUGCUCUCUGCCCUCUCUUACUUGGCUGGUACAGGCUUCUGCCUGUCCUGUAUACACUGUACCAGUAACGAUGGCUCAGGCUGCAGUGGGAUUGCCAAGAAUUGCACUGGUGACACCGUCUGUAUGUCAACCGUCACCCAGACUGCAACUUACACAGGGCAAGCGACAACUACCUUAAGGAGAAGCUGUGGGGAGCCUCAAUACUGCAGCGCUGGGAGCCUGUCCAGUUACUUUAUUACAACUGUAACAAACAGCACAUGUUGCUUUACUGACUCCUGCACCCCCCCAGAACCUACAAUGCCAAACUACAAAUCGAAGACAAAGAAUGGCGCCGUCUGUAAGACCUGUUUUGCGCGGGAUGAGAGGGAGUGUUCAAGAUUCAACACCACCAUGUGCACUGGAUCCGAAACCUUUUGUGUUGAAUAUGAAGUGAGGACCGAGGCAGGUACCACCAUAGUGUGGGGCUGUUCCACUGAAAACUUCUGUCACAACAAAGAGAGCAAGAAGUUUGUAAAUGACGACAACGACGAGGAGCUUGCCAUCGUAAUUGCUAAAUGUUCUAGGAGCAAAGCCCCCAUCCAGAGGUUCCAAUUAAUCUGCCUGUUGCCAGUGCUACUUUAUUUAAUUGCCUUUUCUUUUGUAUUCUAAAUUCCAGCCUAACGCCAUAACCAGUUAGGUAUUGGGAUUUACUCAUGAUUAUUAAUAUGCCAAAGUAGAUGUUUUAUCGUUAUGCUCAUCAAUGUUACAUUCAGCACCACUGCUCAAGGGUAAGUCCACUUGGUAUAAUUGACUAAAUUACCUUUGCCCCAUUGGUACUCUCCUUGGUAAAUGAAUCCAAUCUACUAAUCUAUCUGUACUAAUCCAGGUAUAGAUUGUAGGUACUCGUGUAUCUGGUACUCAUGCUGCUUCCUAUGGUCAGGAGUAGGCGAAUGGCCUCUGUCAAGGCUGUAAAACCCAUGUCCUGAGUGUUUCUAUGGUUUAUACACUUCCAUUAGUAGGGUAGUCAGAGUAAACAAUCCUUUUAAUGGCCAAGUAUACAUGGAAGCUUUAUUCAUUUAACCAGGAGAAGUUCCUAUUGGCUUUCCAUAAAAGUGGACUUGACCCUUCAACAAACUGAUAUGCCCUGACUUAGUUUAUCUAUUUUAUACAUAUAUAUAUAUAUAUAUAUAUAUAUAUAUAUAUAUAUAUAUAUAUAUAUAUAUAUAUAUAUAUAUAUAUACAUAUACCAGUGGGAAUAGGUUCUCUCUUGUACUGAUCAUACCUUUUGCAGCACAGUGGGACUAUUUACUGACCAAUGUACAAUAGAGGUGUAAGGACCCAAUAAAUAUUAAAGACCUCUUCUAAGGAAAUCAUAUCCCACAUGUAAAAAUGAAUAAACUGUUAAGAAUUUUUAUUAAAUGUAGUAUUUUCUAAAAA